CUGAAAUCUGAAAAAAAUUGUCUAUGCUGUGUUACGGGAAAGUUGUAAAUAAUUUCAAAGAAAUUUUUAAACAAGGUCCCUUAAUUAUAAAUUGUGUUGGUUUAAAAUACGGUGUUAUUAUUAUAAUCUAAAAAAAUUGUGAGAGUGAUGAAAAAUUUUAUAAAUUCACCCAUAUGAAACAAAAAACUAUCAUUGCGCACGAUACCUCAACGCCAUUUUGAAGCAAAUUUUGUAUGUAAGUGCCAAGUAUUUCGCAAUAUUUUAGACACUAACCCUUACGAAAGGGCUGCGGUAAAUUAUUGUCGAUAACAGUGAACUGCGAAAGUACACGGAGCCGGGAUUUAGUGAUGAAGUGUAUCGAUGAACAAUCAAAAUCUGUGGUGCCAUCGAGGUGGGUUGCAGUAUCGUUUAACUGGAGCUAACAUUAAUUAAAUUAUUUAGUGAAAUUAAAGUGACAUAAUAGACAGCCUUAAGGCUCGGACUUGUUAUUAGUGCAGUCAGCACAAUUGGAUAUAGGAAGAUAGCGGACGUCGCGGAGGAUGGCCUGGGGCCACAGGACUGUUCUAAUUAAGUGACGGACGCCGCCGGCAUCCAGCUGGCACAGGCUACAAAAAUGCCAAGACCAGGCAGUCUAAAAGAUCCAGACAUUGCUGAGCUGUUCAGCAAACAUGAUCCAGAGAAAAUAUUUGAGGACCUACGAGAGAUUGGUCAUGGAUCAUUUGGGGCAGUGUAUUAUGCACGCUGUAAUCUUACAAAAGAGAUUGUGGCCAUUAAAAAAAUGUCAUACUUAGGGAAACAGAGUGAAGAAAAGUGGCAAGAUAUACUGAAAGAAAUUAAAUUCCUGAAACAACUGGACCAUCCAAACACUAUAGAAUAUAAAGGAUGUUACAAAAGGGAACACACGGCAUGGCUGGUUAUGGAGUACUGUGUCGGUUCUGCGUCUGAUAUAAUUGAGGUUCACAAGCGUCCGUUGCGCGAAGAGGAAAUCGCAGCCAUAUGCGAAGGGGUCGUUUGCGGUCUCUCGUAUCUCCAUAGUUUAGGUCGGAUCCAUCGCGACAUUAAAGCCGGUAAUAUUCUCCUCACCGAGAAUGGAACCGUGAAACUUGCAGAUUUUGGUAGCGCGAGUAUCAAGUGCCCGGCUAACAGUUUUGUUGGGACGCCCUACUGGAUGGCGCCAGAGGUCAUACUGGCCAUGGAUGAAGGCCAAUAUGAUGGCAAGGUGGACGUGUGGUCACUAGGCAUAACAUGUAUAGAACUUGCAGAGCGGAAGCCACCGUACUUCAACAUGAACGCCAUGUCUGCUUUGUACCACAUUGCACAAAAUGAUUCUCCUACAUUGCAGGCUACAGAGUGGACUGAUAUAUUUCGUUAUUUCGUAGAAGCUUGCUUACAGAAGAAUCCACAAGAUCGGUUGUCCUCCACGAAGCUUCUGUCUCACGUGUUUAUCACACGUCCUCGUUCCCCUAACGUUUUAGUGGAUCUCAUACAGAGAACAAAGGCUGCCGUACGGGAUCUUGACAAUCUCAACUACAGAAAGAUGAAGAAAAUAUUAAUGGUGGAUGUAGACAACGAAAGUGCUAUCGGUGACAGUGAAGAGGCAAUUGAGGAACCUUCAGGUGGGGACAGUUCUAAAUCAAAUUCUGCGACGUCCGAACAUAGCGCUGCUGGAGCUUCCAGUCAAAGUUCAUCAUCAGGUAGCUUGAGAAGACGACCUCAUGCUAUAAACGCAAAUCACCAACACCAGCAGCAAUCACAAUAUCAAUAUGUGAACCAUCAACCAUUAUUACAUUCCACAAGAGAGAGCAAGGGCUGGCUUUACUCAUGUUGGUGUUUCGUACGCAGAGAGAGCGAGAGCCCUAUUCCUCCGCCCAACGAUGACUACGUGAACAAGGACGUAAUGAGAGAAUAUGCCAACCGGGACUCGCUCGGGGACGACUACGGAGAUGACUACGCCAACAGGGACGCCAUCCGCGAGGCGCGCGAGCGAGACAGGGAGAGAGAGCGCCACUCUAACGACUACAGGGAGUACGUCAACGCGCCCUCCACCUGGCAGCACAGUGGCGACGACAACCGGAACACGCAGCGACGCCAAACAAACAGAAGUAUAAGCAAUAACGUUUCGGCGGCGAUGUCUCUAGUUUCCGAGCACGGAGCAAACAACUUUGCCACGAUACGUACCACCAGUAUUGUCACAAAACAACAGAAGGAACAUAACCAAGAAAUGCACGAGCAAAUGUCAGGCUACAAACGUAUGCGGCGUGAGCACCAAGCUGCCUUACUGAAGCUGGAGGAGCGGUGCAAAGCCGACGUAGACGCGCACAAGGCGCAGCUCGACAGGGAGUACGACUCGCUGCUGCAACAACUCUCCAGGGAGCUGGAGCGGCUGCAGACAAAACACGCUCAAGAAUUAGAAAAGAAGCUGAAACAGAAUACGGCUGCAGAAAAGAAGUUGAUAAAGGACAUUACGACACGACAAGAUCAAGAGCGUAAGGCGUUCGAAACUCAACGCAAAAGAGAAUACAAGGCUAACAAAGAACGAUGGAAAAAGGAACUAAGCAUGGAUGACGCAACGCCCAAGAGACAGCGGGAUGCUACCUUACAGUCUCAGAAGGACAACCUGAAGCAAGCAGAAGCUGCAGAGGAAGCGCGACUCGUGCGAUCACAGCGAGAGUACCUUGAACUGGAACUGAGACGGUUCCGAAGACGUCGGAUGCUUGGACUGCAUCACAAGGAACAGGAGCUACUCCGAGAGGAACUAAACAAACGCCAACAGCAGUUAGAACAAGCGCACGCGAUGUUGCUUCGGCAUCACGAAAAAACGCAAGAGCUCGAAUACAGACAACAGAAAGGCGUUCACGCGCUUAGAGAGGAACAACUCUCGAACCAACAUGCGACGGAGCUUUCAAAUCAGCGCGAUUACAUGCAGCGAGCCGAACACGAACUCACAAAAAAACAUGCAUUGCAACUCAAACAACAACCCAAAAGCCUUAAGCAAAAAGAAAUGCAAAUACGUAAACAGUUUCGUGAAACCUGCAAGAUACAGACCCGUCAGUACAAGGCGCUCAAAGCGCACAUAUUGCAGAUCACUCCUAAGGAGCAACAAAAAGAAGUAAUUAAGACGCUAAAAGAUGAGAAACGACGCAAACUUGUGCUGCUCGGGGAACAAUAUGACCAGAGCAUAACUGAAAUGCUUCAGAAGCAGACCGUCAGACUUGACGAGAGUCAAAUGAUGGAAUGCCAGCAAUUAAAGAUGCAGUUGGAGCAUGAAUUAGACAUGCUGACUGCCUACCAGAGUAAGAGCAAGAUGCAAGCCGAGGCGCAGCGCAACCGCGAGCGGAGGGAGCUCGAGGACCGGGUCAACGUCAGGCGAGCGCUACUCGAGCAGAAGAUGGAAAUGGAGAUGGCUCAGUUUGCGGCGGAGCGAGGCGAGCGCACGCGGCUACUGCACGAGCGCCACGAGAGGGAACUUGCUCAGUUCGACAGUGAGAGCGUGCGUCUCGGCUUUAGUGCACUGGCGAUCGCAGAAGGGAGCCGCGAGGGUUACGGCGAGGAGGAGCAGUCGCUGUCGGGCUCGAUGUUGUCGCUGGCGCACAGCAACUCGUCGGCGAGCUUCGCGGCCGGCUCGCUCUAACGCCGUCUGUCUGUCUCAUGCUGUUGCCAAAAUCGUAAUCUUCACUCAUAUAAAUAUCUGCAUGUACUACGGAGAACUUGCGCAUAAAUAUAUCGACGCUUGAAAGAAAAACGUGACUAAACGACAAUAACUGCUUUGUACAUAAAAAUGAUAGGCAAUAACCAUAUUCGAUACACCAAAAAAUUUUUAUAUAUAUUUCUAGGUCUAUUAAAAUCAUUUCAGUCCUACAGCCAGAUUCGUUAAAAUAUAUUUUUUUCUCAGGUAUUUCAACUUUACAUUAGUCUACUGUAAAGUUCACGCAUUGUCGCUUAGUCACGUUUGCCUUUCAAGCGUCGAUUAUGGAGAUUUUUUUAAAACACUAAUAAUUGUUAUAAUCAUGAAAAGUUGAUUGCCAAACUAUUCAUUGAUAUUUUUUUUUCUAUUUAAUAAUAUACCACGUCAAUUGAAGUGAUGUCAUCCCUUAAGUCAGUUGAAGUGAGGAUCAAAAUAGUGAAGGAUAAGAAUGAUCAAGGUUUACUCAUUUUUUUCAAGCGUAGUAGUAUGGUGUACCAUCUUAAGUGUUGUUGUUAUAUUGUUAUUAUUGCUGUUUAUAGGCUGAAGGAGGACACCCUUUAUAAUCCAUAACAUACAGAUUAUACAACAUGGAUUAUAAAGGAUGUUGAGUUUGAAGACGUGAUGUUGAGAAGCUUCGAUUGAAAUGUUAGAAGUAAUUCAGAUAUAUUUAAAAAUAAGCAUUCAUUAGGCAGGCUUAGAAUAUGUUGAACAAACAUGUUUUCUAUACAAAUGUCACGGACAACAUUCGAUUCCAUUUGCGAACGCACUAUUGUUUCCAGAGUGGAGGUAAAAAUAAAAUUAAGGUCAGGUUCGUUUGAUAGUUAAAUUUGUAGAUUGGACUUUCUUUUGCUCCUUUGCUUAAAUUACGCAAGAUGGACAAAUCGUCUUCUCGCAUUAAAACUGUAUAAUCUCAAAACUUACUAAUUUUACUGGAGUGUGUUUUAAAGGUUUAACAUCAUUUUUGAAACAUUUAUUUUUUAUUUUUUUACCAGCUACAUUAUCUGUCUUUUAAAGUAAGAUAAAAUUAUGGUACUAUUAAAAAAAAAACUAAAACUAAACUACGCUCUUUUGACAGUAUUUAUGAAAAAAAAAACUGGUGAUACCAAAUGAUUCCGCAUAUUAACUUGUUUUCGAAUAUUUUUGGAAAUUGUACACUUUUAAUGCGAAAAGACGAAAUAUGCUAAUUUAGUCGACCUGGCUUCAAUUUCAAUCGCUCGUUUUGAUGGCUAAUGCAGCAUGUCCUUGUGUGUGGUUUCUGUAGCAAUUUAAGCGGGCGUGAAUUGUUCUUAUUGCAUUAGAAGAAUACUAUCACAAAAGUAAGUGCACCUGCUAACAAAGAUGGUCCAUCUAAAUUGUUUGUUAGUUGCUUCUACAUAUUUUUGGUUUUGAACCAGAACUUAGAAGACAUUUUUGUCAUUAAAAUCAGACACCCUUCUAAUUCCAACGUAAAAAAAACCUAAUAAACAGCUUUUGUUUUAGAUAAAUAAAAAUCAUGUGUCGAGUCAACUUUGCGCCAACUUUUGAUUUGGGUUGAUUAAUUGAACAAUUUUUGCAUACGUGGUUUUAGAUAUUUUGCGUUUAUGGAAUUUAAAUGCUUAUGAUCAAAAAAUAUAUAUAUUUUUGCAAGUCUGUUGGCAAUGGAUGCUGAAAAAAUAUUCGAUAAUGAAAAGAAUGCAUCAGUGUUUCGUGACGUGAUUGUUAGAUGGCACAUUCGAGUGUUUACUUGAAAUCCAUUAAAAAUAUUCAACCAUAUAAUAAUAUAAAUAGUUUAUACAUUAAAAGCUUUUCCGAAAAUAUGUCAACAUCCACAUCACGUACUUAUGAUACAGCGACAUCACUUUAAUUUAUAUAGCACAGAUUCUGAAACACACAAGAGUGGUUCAAGAAUCCAUACUUUUAUAAGCGUGAACACGACGCAACUACAUUUUUUAAGAUGCCAUGACACUUCUUAUACCUUAACAAAAGAAUCCUUAGUAAUGUGUUAAUGUGGAGAUACUUUCUAAUUCUGUACGAGUACACACUCAUACGAUCACGUUUUGAUUAUAUUUUAUUCGUUGAAAUACGUCUAGUUAAAUGAUAAAUAAAAAUAUAAAACAUAUUAGUGUUUUUAUGAUUCGCCACGUAUGUUCUUUUGUAACAGAAAACGUGCGUACAUAAUUAAAAAAUAUACGGAUUGCAUUUCACAUAAACGCUUAAAAGAAAAGUAGGAUUCUAUUUUGUAUUACAAAAAUUUGGAGAUGUAAAAAUUAAAACAAAUAAGAACUACCUCAUUAGGCUUUUAAAUAAUGUUUAUGAUAGGCGAGUCGUUUGUAUACCUGCAGUGUAAUAAUGUCACAAUAAACGAUUUGGCAGCAGCAUUUGAAAUUAAUCUCCCUACUUAUAGACUGUACAGCCCUCCCACGGGAAAAUAGUGUUUAAUGUAAAGCUUUUUAGGUCUAAAACCAAUAACGCAAGCCUAAUUUAUUAUAAUUUUACAUAAUAUUCUUUAGUUACGUCUUCCAAAUGUACACGAGCGGCAAUUUUAGUAAUUUUUUUUUUUAUAAGUUUAACGGGGAGGGCGAAUCCUAUUUUACUACACCAUUAAGUUGAUUGCACUCCAUGUAAAUAAUUAUAGUAAGAUAGUAGCGAAGGGCUCGGCGAAUUAGAGAAAUAAAAUAUGAAUAUUAAAUACGACAUGUUUCAAUUUACACGGCAUUUUGUUUUCAACCAAACGGAUUUAUAUCUACCACUGUAUAGCCAUGCAUUAGAUGCAAUGACCAUUUUCUAAAUCUAUCUAUAUUUUUGGUGAAAUUGAAUCUUCGCUAUAUUGUGCAAGGUUUUUCUUUUAAACGAAUAUAGCUUGAAUACUUAAAUAUUCAAUAAUUUAAUGAUUUCGUUCGUCGAGUUAUUGCCCACGCAACAAUAUAUUAAAUAAACUAAUUACCAGUUUUUAUUUUCAUUUUCAGUUCAGUUAACAUCAAGACUUUACCAAAUUCCUUUAGACCAUGUUUAAAUUAUAGUGUUUUAUUUUUAAAUAUGCUCAUAAAUAUAUUGUUGCGUGACGGUCAGUUAUUGUAAAUAAAUCUCGACAUUAGAGGCAUAAAGUCUGAUAAUCACGUUUACAACAAAUUUAAUAGGUUGAUGAUGCAAAAUGUACUUUAGGAUAAAAAUACAAUAAGCAGAUUUUGAUGUGAAAAUUUAUUUAACUGCUAUUUAAAAUGCGAUAUAAUUAUAAAAUGACGCUACAAUGGGAAUCGCGUUCAUCCAUAGAAUAACUCGCGAGAGAAUGAGAUAGAAUACUUUUGAAGGAUUCGCCUCAAGCGUGGUUGAUAUGUGCGUUUGGUGCUAGUUUCUUAACUUUCUCGUUAGCGUAAAAGUUAACCCAAUUUUGUAUGCAGUUGGAACAGCGCCCCUAGCGGCAAACGUACGCAAACGAUCCCAUUCCAUACAAAUAGGGGCUAACUUUUACGCUAUCGAGAACGUUAAAAAACUCUCACUAAGCACAAUGGUUUUUUUUUGUUAUUGCUAAGAGUGAACGCAACGUUAUGUUUCUAGUGUCGAGAAAUCUUGUGUGUUGAGAGUUUAGCUAACUACGGUCGUGUGCAAAAGUGUGAUGGUUAGGAAACCUGCCGUAGAAAGAUACGCUUUUCGAGUAGAAUUUUUUAAUCGUAAUACAUUACUGUUCCGUCGAUUUUAUGCACGAGCAAAUGUUUUUUUUGUUUUCUUUUUAAUUUUUUUUCUAAAUUAGUAAUACCGUAUCAAUUUGUGCAAUUCACGUUGACUGAUACUAGAAAUUGUGAGUCACUAAAAAAAUUCGAGAGCUUGUUAUUCGAUCUCUUUAGUGUUAAGUAAAUUUUCUCAUUUAUAAAAAAAAAACAUUUGGCCGUCCAACAACACUUGAGAUGUAAUGUAAGUUUGUGCUUGAGCUUGAAAACGACGGAACGGUUGUAUAAAAGUGGCAAAGCUGUUACAUAGUAUAUCUCGUCUUAUUUUCGAUAACUUAAAUUAAGUUUUCGUAGUGAAAAACUAGCCGCUGAUUUUUCAUCUUGUUAACGCAUCGGCAAGAUUAGAAAAGUUCAAUUGUAAAACGGUACGAAUUUGGUGAACGUCAAAACGACUUGUUAACUUAAACGUCUUGAAGGUUUAUGUUUAAGAAGUUUGACAGAACGCAUUGUCUAGACCAGGUGUGGGUAAAUAUUUUGAUAGUCGGGCCACAUUACAGAUGAAAAUUUGACCUCGGGCCAGUUUUUUUUUCUAAUUUUAUAUUGUGCGACUAUUAUACAUACUGUAAUUAUUCAAUUAUCAUAAUUAUAUUUUCGAAUAGGAAGCGCUGAAAACAGCGGUUGUCCGGGUGAAAAUUUUGGCUCCCACCGGCCCCGAUAAUGUGUAUUGCAGUAUUUCUUAAUAUUUUAUCUAAAAAAAUGUAUGCACCAAUUUAAGUUAGAUAAAAACGAAUAUUUGUGUUUUUAAUAAUAAUAUAUACAAUGCUUCACGGGCCAGACAAAAUUUAACCGCGGGCCGCUAUUUGCCCAGGCCUGGUCUAGACGAAAGGCGUGUGUGUACGUAUGCUAAUAGCAAGCCGAGACCCGCGCGCUACCCACAUGCGCACGAACACGCUCGAACAGAGAAUUAUUUACGUUUAGAUAGUCAAAAUUGUGAAGUUCAUAUCAUUAGUUUACUUUUAAGAAACAAAUUUUCAUGUAAAAAGUUUUAUGUAUUUAAAAAAAGCGAAAAGUUUUAUAUUUGUUUAUUGGCCUGGAAUUGUCUUUUUUUAUUUUAAAAGGUUUCCAUGUUGGUAAUUAUUAUCGAAAUUAGUCUUUUAAUAUUCAAUUAACGAGUGACGCGUUUUAUAAAUUAAUUAAGAGCAGGUGCUUUUGUAAGCGUAGUAAUGAACAACCAACUGCCAAUUGUUUUUUGUAAAUAUAAAGUAUUAUAUAAGUAUUAGUGACCACACCGUUUGCCUUAGAAAAUGGAGGAGCGCGUGGGCUUCGGCAGAUUGUAUAUAAGAAUUAAUAAUAUUAAAUUACGUAGAUAGUUUGUUAAUCGCGUAACGUGCGAGCGCGGCGUUUGUGCACGUGCCCGCCCGGAACACGUGCUAUCUUUAUUUACUAUCGAAUUUAGUGCUCUUAUACAUAAAUGUAAUGUCUACUAAGCUUCUUACCAGUCAUGUAUGUAUAGAUGAAUACAUAAUAUUUAAUUUAACUCUGAUUUUAGUCAUAAAUAUCCAAAUUUAGGUAAUACUAUUUUAAAUUUUAUUUUAUAUUAUGAUUAAUAAUGUUUUCUUCCUAUUAUCACAUUGCUUGUAAGCAUCACACGAUGUGAUCGUAAUUGUAUUUAAUUAAUUGAAUCUGCUACAGAUUUAUUUUAUUAAUUAGAAUUUUCUAGUUUCAAAACUUAGUGAACGCUGAUAUUAUUGCAGCAGUGUCAUAUACUUACUUCGGGUCUUUAUACAAUUUGCUUCGUUUAUAUUAGAUAAUGCAAGACGCGAGUUUGCGACACUGUUAAAAUUAGAAAACUAGUUUUACCUCCACAAAUUUCCACUUUCUGAAAUGACCAAGUGAAUGACAAUAAUCUAUAGAUUACAGCCUAACUCGACUCGUCAUUUUGUUCUAAAUGUAUAAUAAAUUUAAAAGAUUAUAAUAGCAGAGUACAGCUUCGAAAUUAUACAAUUGAAUCACAACAAUAAUUGAAAUAUUUUAUUUUUUUUCUUGUAGUAUUUAUAAAAUACUGAUGAAUCUGUAUGCUUAGUGCGAGUUUCUUAACGUUCUCGAUAGCGUAAAAGUUAACCCAAUUUUGUAUGCAGUUGGAACAGCGCCCCUAGCGGCAAACGUACGCAAACGAUCCCAUUCCAUACAAAAAUAUGAGCUAACUUUUACUGGUGGUAGGAUCUCUUGUGAGUCCGCGCGGGUAGGUACCAUCACCCUGUUUAUUUCUACCGUGAAGCGGUAAUGCGUUUCGGUUUGAAGGGCGAGGCAGCCGUCGUAACUAUACUUGAGACCUUAGAACUUAUAUCUCAAGGUGGGUGGCGCAUUUACGUCGUAGAUGUCUAUGGGCUCCAGUAACCACAUCACACCAGGUGGGCUGUGAGCUCGUCCACUCAUCUAAGCAAUAAAAUAUAUAUAUUUAUGUAUAUUUCGAGAACGUUAAAAAACUCGCACUAAGCACACCCUUGGCUGUACUCAGUUGGUUCGAAUUACUUGAAAUCGAUGCACUAUGGAAUUGAAUCGUGAAGCUGUAUGUAGCAUUCGCUUGUGUACAGUAGAUUUUCGCUACAAGAAAUGUUGAUGCGUAGUUGAAGGCUUGCUGUGUCUUGGUUCGUGGGUAUUCAACCUUCCUAGUUUCCGAAUGAAUGAAAAAAAAGUGAUUCCUCUUGUGAACUUAAUUUGUAACUGGAUGAGGUGCGAGUAUAGUUUGUAGAUUACUGUUUUCUAUCCAUGAUUCCCACCACUUAGCUGAUUAGAGUUGAUCUUAUCAAAUUUAACGCUUUUCUAACAUUACACAAACGAAAUAGAAGUACCAAACAUGUAGUUAGAGGUCACGUAUUAUUAUUAUGUACAUUGUAACGAUAUAUAUUUUUUUUUUAUAUUUUACCAUUGUAUAGUCGUUUAUUGUAUCACCGAUAGUUAGUUAGAUAUUUUGACAGAGAAUUAACAUGGUGCGUUACGACGGCCGCAUUUUAAUACAGAGAAUAGUUUGCGGCACGUUUGGUGCGCCGUUGUUUAUUUUAUUUUAUUUUUUGUUAUAUAUAUAUUUAAAUAACACAAUCGACUUGUAGUUUUAAUAAUUAUUAUCAUUAAUUAUUAUAUUGUAAUAUAAUCUUAUUAAUGAAAAAAAUCAAAGUGAAAAUAAAUAAUAGAAGGAAAACUAAA